AUGUCAAAUUUGCAGUAUGCUUGUGUACAGAUUCUUGGUAUGGCCCUGGCCUUCAUUGGCUUUGUGGGGAGCAUCAUCAUCUGCGGUCUGCCCAACUGGAAAGUCACAGCCUUUAUUGGUGCCAACAUCAUCACAGCUCAAGUGAUCUGGGAGGGUUUGUGGAUGAACUGUGUUACCCAAAGUACAGGCCAGAUGCAGUGCAAAGUCUACGACUCUCUCCUGGCGUUACCUCAAGACCUGCAGGCUGCCAGAGCACUGGUCAUCUUGGCCAUCAUCACCGGGGUCUUUGGGAUCCUUCUUAGCAUCAUUGGGGGCAAGUGUACCAACUUUGUGGAGGAGGAGAGGCAGAAAUGCAAAGUAGCCAUUGCUGCUGGAGUCAUCUUCAUCAUCGCGGGCCUGUUGGUGCUUAUUCCUGUGUGCUGGACAGCCAACACCAUCAUUCGUGAUUUCAACAAUGUUGCCCUAAUCAACGCCCAGAAGAGGGAGCUGGGGGCUUCACUGUACAUCGGCUGGGCCACUGCAGGGCUGCUGUUCCUUGGUGGAGGAAUCCUCUGCAGCUCCUGUCCCCCCGCAGAAGAGAACAGUUAUGAUGUGAAGUACUCCAAGGCUCGCUCUGUGCAGAGCAGCAAGGUCUACGUUUAG